UUCGGCUUUUGGCUACGUAGUUUCGGCGGCAAAUGGCGACCAUCGAGGUCUCCAAGCCACCGUCAUCCAAGCGCAUGUCCCCGAAGGGGAGCUUCAAGCUGAGCCUGCUCGCCUGCGGCCACUGCAAGGCCACCACAGUCUCGCCCCCGGACUCCCCCACCGGCGCCGGCGCGCGGUCGCUCUCGUCCUCGGCGUCGUCCUCCGCGGGGACCUCCCGCGACCGCCAGGCGGAGCUGCGGGAGAUCUUCCGCCACUUCGACCGCGACAUGGACGGCCGGAUCUCGGGCCGGGAGCUCCGCGAGUUCUUCGCGUCCAUGGGCGACGGCGGCGCGGAGGCCGCGCUGGAGCUCGACGCGGCCGGCGACCUCAUGCUGGGGUUCGAGGACUUCGUCAGGAUCGUGGAGCGCAAGGGCGGGGAGGAGGAGGAGCGCGAGGACCUGCGGCGCGCGUUCCAGGCCUUCGAGGCCGUCAAGGGCUCCGGCCGGAUCACGCCGCGCGGCCUGCAGCGCGUGCUCAGCCAGCUCGGCGACGACCCGUCCGUCGCCGAGUGCGAGGCCAUGAUACGGGCCUACGACGACGACGGCGACGGCGAGCUCGAUUUCCACGAUUUCCACCGCAUGAUGAGCCAUGACUAGCUGCCUGUGGCGCGGCUGGGCACCACUUGUUGUUACACUGUAUAGUCUCUGUAGUUGUAUACGUACACAUACGUAUGAUGUAACUUGUACCCUUUUAUUAUAUACUCCCUCCGUCCGAAAAUACUUGUCAUCAAAAUG